GAACAUUUGUGAGUGUUUGAUCCUGGAAAUAGCAAAAAAGAGUACAGAAACAUAACUCAAAAGUAUUACUUCCAAUCCCGGUGCCUCAACAACCAUCUUUAUGGUGUUUGCUGUUGGUAGCUAUUGUAAUAAAAAUUAUUUAUUGAUACUCUUUUUUUCCCUUCUCUUUCCAUCACUACGAACUCAUGCUCUUAGAUAAGAGCAUAACCUUUUACUUUGCCUAAAGGCAGGUUAUCAUUAGCCUGCCGGCGACUUACGCUAUAACUGAUGGGUUUGAAUGGUUUAUGGACUUAGAGAUGGGCUCUUGGUUGUUUGCAUAGCAACAUAGUAUUCAAAAAUGCUUUCUUUAAGGAAUUUUUGGAGAAGGCAUAGGAGUAAAAUUCUUAUUACAGCAGGUGUUUUAGGAAGUGGGUAUUUUCUUUAUAGACUAUACAAUGCUCACGAACAGAGGCUCGCUGAUCUGGAAAGAGAACUUGCUCGCCAACGGGCAAAUGAUGAACUCAUCAAGGCCCAAUUGCAAGCCCAUUUCGAGAAUGUGCAAUUAAUAGCUGAUACAACAACAUUGCCUCAUGCAAUGCAAUAUUUAAGAAGUAGGAUAGCGGAAGAGUUGGACCUUUCACAGCUCACUGAAAGGCUACAGAAAGGGAAGGGUAAGCCAUACACGCUUACCUCUUCAGAGAAACUUGAACUGUGGGACAGACUCAAAAUCCUAAGUUUCACACAAAUGGUGGUGUCGCUGUGGGCUGUGACAAUACUUAGCUUAUAUAUCAAAGUUCAAGUAAAUAUUCUAGGAAGACAUUUGUAUAUUGAUACUGCACGUGGCCUUGGAAGCUCACUUUUACUUGAGAAUGUUGAUCUCAUUGACAGGGAUGACCAGCAAAAUUUUUUGGCGGGUGCUGAUUUUCUUGCUAAUAAUGGCCUGCUGGCAUUGAUUUCAAAUAUCCAGGCUGUGGUAACAGAAGUUAUUGAGGGAAAGAAGUUGAUUGAUUUGUUCAACACCACAUCUUUUCACGAAACUGUCAUGCAAAUACUUGACAAGUUUAUGAGCGUGGGAAGUCUACAUCAAUGGAUAGAUUACUUAAUGCCUGAAGAUAGUGGGCACUACAAACUAGGCACAAGCUCCAGCAUUGACGACACGGUCCUUCCUAAUAGCACAAAUUUUGAUCAGCUUAUGGUGGAGGCACGAACAGUGCUAUCAAGUGCUGAAUUUGGUAAAAUCAUGGGAAUAUCUUUGAAAGUGGCAGUGGAUGCACUGGUGGAGGAUAUGGAAGCUCAGUGUCAGUCCACUGGGGCCAGUCUAACAUCGGGGAUGCCACUGGCAAAACUUCUAUCACGAGUUAUGCAGAUGGUACCAUCGUUACUCCGUGAAGCAAGCCAAAACCAGUUUAUCAAAAUCAUCCGGACUGUACCAGAAGUUGAACUGUUCUUCACUCUCCUCUAUGCAAACAACCUUGUAGACUAGUGAGCAUGAUUGUAUCCUAAUCCAUGCCCCUUUUUUUUGAGUUUUGGCAUUCAUACAAGGGGUGCCGGCGCUAAAAUUUGCAUGGUACCAGGCUUGGGGUCUGCAAAUGUGAACUGCUUGAAAGGAUUCAAAAGAGAGUCAAAAGAUAUUUCAUUGAAAUUGUAAUUCUUUAUUAACUCUUAAUAUCUUCAUUGAGUGCUCUACCA